AUGUCAGAAAUUGAGGAAAUUGAAUCUCGUGUACUGAAUAUAUCAAAAAAAAUAGCAUCAAUUGUUGAUCCCGAAGAGUGGAAUCUUCCAAACUGUUCAGCCACAGACAAUUAUUUCGAACAACCGCCAGCUAAAGUUUUUCUUAAAAACUUAGAAACCAGUAAAACCAUCUUACUUGCAAUUGCAAGCGGAAUCGAACUCCUCAUAUUGUUAUUGACGUUCUUACAAUGGUAUCAAAUUUGGAAAAAAGUAUCAAGCGAACAUCGGCAAGAUAGAUUAUAUUAUUUGAUCUCAUUGUUUCCGGUAGCGUCGUUAUGCAGUUACAUUGGCAUGCUGGCUCCUCGGACAGCAUUGGUGCUGAACUCAGUGGGAGUUCUAUACGCGUUGAUGUGUCUAGCGGUUUUGAUCUCUCUCGUCAGACAUCUGUUUGGAAGUCGCAAAGCAUGUUCUACAGCACUAACCUAUGAUCAGAAACAAAUCAACAUUCAGAGUCCACCGUGCUGUUGCUGCUGCAAAUUUUUACCAGAAUUCGCAAGCACCGAGAAAAAUCUACGAAGAUUAGAAUGGUUGGUACUCCAAGCACCUGUAAUUCGAGCCGCUGUUGUGGUUUUCAAUAUUGCUGCUGUUGCUGAGUAUCGCGAACAUUCACACGUGUUCCUACAAAUUAGUGAGAUAGCAUCUAUUGCUUCAUUGUUAUUUGCAAUUUUUGGAACUCAUACAAUGGCACGACUUAUCGGGGCAAAACUAGCAGAUUACGGUUUUAUGACUAUCUUUCGGGCAGUCGAUAUUACAUUGCUGUUUAUUACCGCACAGCAACCACUGAUUUUUGAGAACCUAGUACGAUUCAGCAUUAUUCGUUGUGGGCCUUUAUUAUCCGCUCUUGAUAAUGCAAGAUUUAUAUGCAAUUUUCUGAUAAUUUGUCAAAUGUUUUUGCUUUCGCUGUUGAUUACAAUUCGCGUAACGCCAAAUCGAAGUGCUUUAUUCGACAAAGUUAACGAAACUGGACUUAAAUUCCAAGAAAAAGUUGGCGAACAAACGAGUUUACGUAUAGAUUCGUACGAUGCUUAAAG